UGCUCUCUCGGUUAGAGUUGGCAACAGCUAGGGACGCUCACCAUUACCGAGAUAGCGUACGGUUAUGCCUCUCAAUUUGAUGAUUUUCCAUGAUGGAAGCUAAUUACAAAGACCUUAUGGAGUCGUUGAAGUUGCAUGAUUACAGUACAAGUAAACAGCUUCUUGAAUUAGGUGCUGAUCCAAAUUGCAUAUCAAAAGAAGAUGGUGUCAGUGCUUUUCAUCUGGCGGUGGGUUUGGAUUCCCAAACGUCGUUGAAACUUGUUGAGCUAUGUAUCCAAUAUGGCGGUAACCCCAAUGUCAGAUCUCACGAAGGGAUGACUCCUGUAAUGGUGGCUGCGAGCUGGGGUCGAUUUCAGGCCUUACAGAUCCUGCUGGUAAACGGUGGUGAUCCGGAGUUAAGGGAUGAAGACAAUAAGGACGCCCUAGAUCACGCCAUUGACGGCGGAAGCUGGGACUGUAAACAGUUACUUCAGCAGCAUAUGAAUCUCAUAUGCGAACAUGAAGAUGAUGAGGAUGAUCAACGUCUUUAUAGUGAACCCAGCUACUCUUAUGAAAGAUAUUACAGUGCCUCAUCAAAUAUUAAUUCACCUUGUUCUGAAAGCCGAUUGGAUGAUUCUACAGAAUCUGAGGGCGCUUUUCAUGGAUUUGAUGUCACUUCACCAGACCAUCCAUUUGCAUUUGUUAAGUCAAACCCCCUCCCAACUCAACUUAAUAAAACUGCAAUCAUUCAUCACGACCGAAGUCAUCAUGAAACUUUCAACAAAUCUAUGAACUUCGAUGCAUCAUUAGAAACACUGGAGGUGUCUUUUCUUGACAAGAACAAUGAACAAACCAUUUCUAUUCAUGAUAGUACUUCUCCACUAGAGUUCAUUUACCACGACGAAGAGCGGGGCAUCUCGCUGAUUGAACGAAGAUGUUAUUUGAAUAAUAACUCAGCAAAUGAGAGUGCAAUCUCGGAAGACAGUGAUACCUUUGACCCCCUUGAUGAAACUGUACUAUAUAAUUGGCAGGAUGCUUUGAAAGAGCCCCCAUCCAAAAGCAAACAUGACUUGGAUAAUUUAACUUCCGAACAACUUACCCUUGAAUUAACAUCAUAUGGAUAUAACCCAGGCCCUAUUACUUCAACCACUAAGGACAUAUAUAAAAAUAAGCUGGCGAAACUGAGAAAGGAAAAACGAAAAACGAAAGAUGCAAAUAGUUCAAAAGUUGCAGAUUAUUCACAAGAGCUCUCCGAUUUCAUGCAAAAGUGUAGCAUCAGCACUGGAGAAGAGGAUGAAGGCCUAAUGUGUGCUACAUUUCAAAAUCCUGACCCCCAGCGUAAAUGGCGGGAGGGCACCAUUAAAUCGUCUUUUAAUUAUUUACUACUGGACCCAAGGGUCACAAGAAACUUGCCCCACAGGAGUAAAGGACUUGAUGAUAGCGAGAUAUUUAAGAUUUUUCUUGCAGCUGUAUUUUAUAUCGGUAAAGGCAAGAGAGGACGACCAUACGCUCAUUUCUAUGAAGGAUUGGAACAAAUAAGAAAUCCACGAAUGAAGCCAAGUGACAAAGUACAGCAUAUUGUGGAUAUCUGGGAGUCAGGGCUUGGUGUUGUAUCUCUACAUGUGUUUCAGGGAGUGAUACCUGUGGAAGCUUACACAAGAGAAGCAUGCAUGGUGGACUCACUUAGUCUAGCAAGGCUCACGAAUGCACGACGUGGAGAUUAUUACGGAGUAGCAAGCACAUGGACAUCCGAACGACGGAAGCAGCUUGGAUCACACCUGCUUCACAAAUGCAUGCAAAUCUUCUUGAUAGAAGGCGAAAGACAAAUCCGUCCAAUUGAUCUUCAUGGUGGAAAUAAAUAAAAUGCAUGAUUAAUUAAUUAUUUAUUAUUAAUUAAUAUGAUUAUUAAUUUAUUUUUAAUUAUUAAUGCUUUUGGUUGCUAAAAAAGGUGCUUUGUUAUGGCCAUGUGCCAUUCUCUUUAUUUAAAAUGGAUUUUGAGCCACCAUUUUAACACCAUUUAUACUCAACUCACUUUCUCACAACCUGAGAGAGGAUUGUAGCAUUUUUAUUUUGCAAACAUUCUUUUUUAAUGUCAUGGCUAUUUUAUUUUGUUAGCGCUGGACUCAUUUCUUUUGUAAGUCUCUAAGUUACACCAUAAAUCAUAGCUUAUGUGUAAAUAAACAGUGUAACAGAGCACUUAAUCGCUUAAAAGAAAUAUUGUACAGUACUGCAGUUUUUUAUGCGAUCACUUAUGUAAGCAAGUAAAAUGCAAUUUUAUUUCUUUUAAUAAAUGAGUGUAUUAAGUGUUUGUGAUUUUAAAAGCUAGUGUUUUAAAAUAACUUUUACCUGUAAUAUGAUAACUUGUAUACUGAUUUAUGUUCAUUUUUAUUCAUAUUUCACUCAAAUUAACUGGAAAAAUUGUUUAUUGUUACUGUACUAUAAUGAAUGUCUUUCCUAGAAAAUAGCUGUGUGCAUUAAAAUCCACUUAUAAUGUUGAUGUUAUAGUUAAUGCAUUUUACCAUACAAUCCUGUUGAAAUGAGAUGUGAUAAACCUAUGUAAAAUGUAGUGUUAGAAUAAUACAGUACUGUUGUAUUUCCAAUGGUGGGCGAGUGGCAGAUGGGGGUGUGCUUUCUGUUACUGCCAAAAUACAUUCCAAGACUAUGGUCACACCUCCCUGUGCACCCCACUCAAUAAUCCCCAAUGGAUAUGUCNNNNCCCGCCCCCCCCCCCAACUAAUAAAUCAACCUGUGAGACAUUUUAAUACCAGAUAAAUAUUGAUGAUUAAAAUCUAUCCUAUAAUUGGUGCUUUUAUAUAUUUGUUUUUAAUAUGAUUAACCAUGACAUUUGGAUUUUAUGUUCAGUUUCAUAUAAUGUAAAUAUUUGCUGUUUGGUAAUUCUAGCCAAAUAUCUAGAUAACAAAUGUAUUAUACUGUAAAAGAAAUACAGAAUUGCAUUUCCAUUUAUUUUUUAUGUAAAAAUUUUGCUUAAAUUAAACUUUUAAGUAAUUUGUUGA